AUGUUUGCUGCUGCAACGAAAAACUUUGUUAAACAGGUUGGUGAUGGAGGAAGACUAGUUCCAGUGCCCAGUCUCAGUGAAGCUGAUAAAUAUCAACCUCUGAGCCUUGUGAUUAAGAAAAGAAAAUGUUCGCUCUCAAAAAAAUCUAAAUUUGCUUCAACGCCUUUCACAUUAAAAGACAUUCUACAAGGGGAGAAAGAAAUUUCUGCAGGUGUCUCAUCUUACCAGUUGCUGAACUAUGAAGACAAAUCAGAUGUUUCGCUUAAUGGUAGAAGAGGAAAUCAGAUAAUGAAUGAUGUCGGUUUUGAUGUUGCUGGAUCAGAUUCUGUUGCCUUUAAAGCUUCGUUUGGCAUAGUGACCAAACAUGAGGUUGAAGUACCAACAUUGCUUAAAGAACUUACUACGAGAAAAAUAAACUUUGAUCACUGUCUGGUACAUCAAUCAAGAAAAAGUAAGAUGGAAAUUCUGUGCGUGGUCAUGGAAAGUAUUAGAACUACGAGGCAGUGUUCCUUAACCGUCCAUACUGGAAUGCGUGGAGAGACAAUGAGGUUUCACAUCAUUGAAGAUCAGAACAAUAAAGGGCGAGACAAAGCCAUUGUUUUUCCUGCACAUACAACUAUUGCCUUUAGCGUAUUUGAACUUUAUAUUCAUUUGGAUGGUGAUUUUGAACUCUGUGUGACUCCGAUUUCAAAAGGAGGAUUUGAAAGAGAGAAAUCUGGAUCAUCUUCCCUGACCAAAUUAAGGACAUUAAAGAAUAAUCUGUUUCAUCGAAAUAAAAGAGUAGUGGGUACCAUUGCUAACUCUGAUGCUUACUUGGAGGACCUUUUUACAGAUUAUUACGAAAAAGCUGCAAGCAUGACUGAUCUUUCUACAAGCUAUCUCAGAGAAGGGUCUCACAUCCGAAUUAAUUUACUUAAUAACAACAUCCCCAAAGGUCCCUGUGUCCUUUGCGGAAUGGGAAGUUCUAAAAGGGAGACAGUCUACGGAUGCCUGGAGUGCUCUUUUAAUGGACAAAAGUAUGUGCGACUGCACGCUGUGCCCUGUUUCGACCUCUGGCAUAAGAGAGUGAAGUAA